UACUAGAAAUCACUAUACAAAAAUUCGUUCUGGAAAGAUAAACUAGACGUUUUUUGUUUUGUGACGAAGAAGUUCAUUCUACCUCGUGCUUGGUUUAGGAAAACCAUUUUGCGGGUAUUACGGAUUCAAAUAAUAAAAAGGACGAUAGUAAUUAAAAUGAAUGGAAUUAUAAGAAAUACAUUGCGUUCGUCGAUAAUUAAAAAUUUAUUUUCGACAACUUCAAGUACAGGAAUUACAUGUAAUCAAUUAAGAACACUAUGGAAUGUUUCUCGACAAACUCAAAUUACAUCUAUUGUUCCGGUAAAACUAUUUAACCAUCAAAAUGUUUUUUGUAAUUACAAUUGUUGCAGGAAUUCUCACUCAAAAGCUGAAAAAGAGCUUGUAGAAUUCUUAGCAGAAGAAAUUAUAGCAGAAAAGAAGGCACAAAAACUAAAAACUAUUCCCACUGAAUUAGAUGGAUUUAAAGUAUCACUUGAUGGUGCAGAUGUUAAUUUAGAAAAGAAGCAAGAUAAUGAAAUAAUCAGGAUUUCAUUUAAUAUAAAUCAUACAGUUGAUUCUGAAUCUGAACCCAAUAUUGAAAUGACAAAUGAUAAUCCAGAUAUUGGUGAUAUGAAAAGUAAACCAUCUUUCACAAUAGAUAUAAUAAGAGGAAAUCAAACUCUUGGAUUCACUUGUUCUUUUAAUAAUGAACCUGGUGCAUCAGGUGCUAAUGAAAGCUAUAAUGAUAUUUUUGGUAUAGAUGAAAUCACUUUAUAUACAGGAGAACAUACUGACAAAGUAUAUGCUGUUGCAGGUGAAAUUAUUGAUGGAUAUCUAUAUGAUUUAUUGAUGAACUAUCUUGAAGAAAAAGGCAUUUCAAAUGAAUUUGCAGAAAAAUUAAUUGAUCUUAGUACAAGUUAUGAACAUACAGCAUAUGUUAGUUUGUUAGAAGGCCUUUCAAAAUUCACAUCUGGAAAGUAAUGUUCGUAACUUCUAUUAUAUUUAUAAUUUAUUAGGUAUAGAAUACGUUUAUAUAAAAAUAUGUUUAUAAUAAAUAUAUGUAAUAUUCUAAUAUGCUUUUUUUGUCGAAAUUUUCUUUUUGAAAAUAAAUUACAUGUCACAUCCA